AUAGCACUUAUAGUAAGUUUAAUACACAAUGCUCCGUUCUUGUGUAGAAUGCAACUAAACAGUUUAAUUUUAAGUCCUUACUGAGCUGUGAAAUUUUGUGGACUACCAUAGGCCUGUUCCUCUCAAUCUGACCAAUUUCACUGAUCUGUUGUGAUGAUCUAGUGGGGAGGAAGAGGUUACUUUGAAUUCCUGGGAGAAAAAGCAAGAAUAUUUGUGAACCAAACCAAAAUUCAGACCAAAAGAGAUAUUUUCAGAUUGACACCUCCCUAGCUGUGUCAAUUGGCCCUAGUUUCUGAGCAAAGGAGGAGGAAAUAUUUGGACAAUAUAGCAUCACCAAUUAGACCAGGCAUUGUUGAAAUAAUUCAGAUUACAAAUGACCUCCCAAAACAGUGUGGCAAAUUGCAUUACAUUGAUAAAGCAGAACGAUUUCACAGAUUUGUUUUGGGUUUUAGUGAAAGCAAAAAGUAAAUGUGAGCCAGUUUCUUUUGUGCUUUCAGGGUUAAGCUUUGCUGCGGCUGAAUUUACAAGGAUUAAGUAUGUCGCUGACCUGGCUGGUAGCAAAUUAGAGGCAAAGCAGUGGAAAAGCAUGCAGGGAAAGGGAGGAUACAAACAAGCUGGAGGGUGGUAAAGAGAGAAAGGACUAUGUGUGGGAGCAGGCAGUGUCUACUGUGCACAGCCUGUAUGAUGAACAGAGUGGGUUGGAGAGCUGGAAACAAAAAUUGCUGGUGAUAAUUUCCAAGGGUUAAGCUCCACUGCCAAGACUUUGUUGUUUCUUCUCAGGCCGCAGGGGACAGAAGGUGGGGCGGGGAGGGGGAGAGGGAGAGAAGUGCCAGGCACACAAGCGGAGGAUUUUCUACUUGUCUGGAAUGUAUGAGCUGAGCAAGGGAUUUUUGUGGACACCCGGCUGUGUGCGAGCCUCAGCUGCAGCUGUCACCUCUGGGCCAGCCGGACUGGGUGAUGGCUUCGACAGAGCGGCUGCCUGGGGCCUCCCAGCACCAUGAGUUCUGCCGUCCCACCUUGUACCUGCUGAGAAAGAUGCGCUCAGAUGCCAGUCUCCUCCUUGAGUCCUAUGCUGAGAAGCAGGGACUGGACACCAACUUCAGCCUUGACUCAAUUGAUGGCAUACCUGUAGCUGAGACUGAAUGCUGGGCUGAGAUUUCAGAUGCUGAGAGGCUGCGAGAUAACCUGAAAGCCUAUUGGGCAUUUGAGAUGUUGCUAGAGGAAAUCCUGGAAGAGCAGAGAACCAACUUGACACCUGCUGAUGUUGCUUUCCAUGAAUCUAUCCAGUCAGUCAUGCUACAAGUUUCUGCAUUGGCUUACCAAUUGGAGGAACUCAUGGUCAUCUUGAAUCACAGUGUGCCAGCUAGAGAACUGGAAGACAGAAGAAGCCCUGGUGAAAAUGGCUCAUUUGAGAAGAAAAUCAGAGGCCUGAAGGUGCUGCAGCAACUUGCUCAGUGGACUGUUAGGUCUAUCAAGGACCUCCACCAAGUCUCCAAGUCCCUUCAGCCAGGCACUGUCGUGUGUGCUGCUUCAUGCAUGGCUCAAGCCCAAGAAAAAUGAGGCUGCUCUUCUCUGUGGGACGCUUACAGACCAAAUUCUUCAUCCACAACAACGAUCUAUUAGACUGAAACAAUGUGGUCACAGCAAGUCCUCUAAGAGAAGUGGAGUAGUGCUUUUCCAGUGUCAGCAUUAUUUUCUGUUAAGCAAUAUUUAAAUUUAACCUGUUUGAAAAUACUAUGUCAUCUUGGACACAUCUUGGAAUCAGGUUUGCUUGAAUGUAAAUUCUGCCACCACCCAGUCCAUCCAGCAAGGCUGCAAUAACCACAUGUGGUUGUUAUUCAUUCACAUUUUCCCACAAAGAAUGGGUCACAUUACAACCUUAUGACAGCCCUGUCUGAAUUUCAGCCACAAGAGAUUGGAAGGCGUGUUUAAUAAGCAACCAAUUUCUGGCUGACCCGUCUUUCUCCAAACAUCCUUCUUGCUGAACCAUAGUGGUUUGUUUGUAAUUUCAUCAACACAUCAUGCUAAGUUUUAAUAUUGCACGCUCAUAGUAGCAGUUAGUGGGAGAAACGUUUGACUUGAAAUGAAUUCACUUAUUGAUUGCUCAUUUGAGAUGUUUCCAUAAACCUGCAAGGGCCAAAAAGUGAGUAAAGCAGGAGUGGGACUUCUGACUUCACUCAGAUAUUGUCGUAUUGCAACUCCCAACAUUCCUCACAAAUGUGUACUGGUUAGACUUAUGGAACUUGCCAUUCAGCAAACUUUGGAGGGCAUAUCAUUCCCGUUAUUGAAGUAAGGGUGGUGGUGAGACUAGUGUCUCAUUUCCAUGGAUCUCUGCAGUCUUCAGUAGUGUGAGUUAGACUCAGUUGUAUAUGAGAGCUCAUAGAUUCUGCUUGAAUGUUAAAAUCCAGCACUUGUCAGAGACAUUCCAGAAUAAAUCUCAUGGCUUGGAGGUUUGGUUGAGCUCCACCACUUGGAGUAAAUAAUGAUAAUAUCAUGGUAUCCAAGAAAUGGAAAGUAUUUGGUCUUUCAUUUCCUCAAUUUUGCCACUGCUGGUUUCAAGUUACUUAAAUCUACAUUCCAGGAAUGCUUUGUUCUGAAGCUGAACUUGAUGACAGGGUAAGUAACCCUGCAAGCUUAAAGGUGCACCAGGCAAAGGAAUGGAAGUCCAUCCAUGCAUAGAGAGUUCAUGCUGGCGAAGAUGCAGAAGAGGGCCUUGUCGGUGGCUGCUGCCAAGUUGUGGAAUUCACUUUCAUGGGAGGCUAGUCUGGCCCUGUCUCUGCUCUCCAAGUGAAGACCUUUUAAUUUAAACAGUAAAGUCAUUUUUAAGGGAUGGAGCCCUCAGUGGCGCAAUGGGUUAAAUCCUUGUGCUGGUUCGAAUCUGGGGACAGUGCGCAUGAGCUCCAUCUGUCAGCUCCAGCUCCCCAUGCGGGACAUGAGAGAAGCCUCCCACAGGGGUGGUAAAACAGCAAACAUCCAGGCACCCCCUUGGCAACGUCCUUGCAGACAGCCAACUCUCUCACAGCAGAAGUGAUUUGUAGUUUCUCAAGUCACUCCUGACUUACACAAACAAAAUUCUCUUUAGGGGAAGGGGCUUGUGCCUCCCCAUUUCCUUUAAUACAUUAAAAUGGUUUUAAAGCUGCUCUAACUGUUUGAUUUUAACCUGAUAGUUUAUUUAAUUUUUAUUCAUUCUUCUUCAGUGUCAUCGCUGAGUGGUUUCAAUCUGUAUUUUGUUUUAAUUAAUGUUGUAAACUGCUUUAUAACAUGAAUGAAUAAAUGAAAAAAUAAGGAUUGCUAAAUAUUCACAGGUUCAUAACCUCAAUCCUCCUCAUUCCCAUUAGAUUAUAUCAUUCUUUUCAAAAUAAUUUUGCAGUGUUUAUAGCAGGAAAAGGCAACUUCUGGGCAUUGGUACAGGAUAGUGGGAGUUAUAGUCAGACACCGCUGAGGAGCCCAUUGUUCCUCCUCUUCUUUGCAUCUAUUGCAUGUCUUGCGCUGCUUGGGUCAGAAGCUUGGAAGUGAUGGGAAUCAUGUAAUGUAGCUUCCUGUUACCUUU